AAAAAAUAGCAUCACAAUUUGAAAGAGCAUGAUGGGAUAUCAUAAUGCUACGGGAGGAGAAGGAUAUGGUAAUUAUAAGUGUUCUGAUAAGGAGAGAGAUGCUCUUCUUCAUUUCAAAGCAUACAUUCAUAAAGAUCCCCGUGGCAUUCUCUCUACAUGGGCAAAUGAUGAAGAAGAAACCAAUGAUUGUUGUAAAUGGAGAGGGGUCACGUGCAAUAACCAAACAGGUCAUGUCACAAAGCUUUACUUGCGCUCUGGUCUUGAAGGUAAGAUUAGCCCUUCCUUGCUUAACUUAAGUUACCUGAAUGACCUGGACCUUUCUGGAAAUUCUUUUAAUGGAACCAUUCCCAUGUUCAUCGGUUCCAUGACUCAGCUAAGGUAUCUUGACCUUGGGUGGAAUAAUUUUACUGGAACAAUUCCUCCAGAACUUGGAAACCUCACAAACUUGCAUGGGCUUUCACUUGAAUUCCUAAGUGGUUGUGCCGUUAAAAACUUAGAUUGGUUGUCUCAUAUGUCUCGGUUGGAGUAUCUUCACAUGUCACGUAUUACUUUGAGCAAAGCAGAUAACUGGGUGAAUGUGAUUCUAAGCCUUAAAAAAUUGUCAUCUUUACGUUUUGGGGGAUGCAACCUUUCACAUGUCGUGCAUCCAUAUUCUUUUUCCCUUGUCAAUUCUUCUUCAUCUAUUGUUAACCUUUAUCUCGAAGUAAACAAUCUCAACUCAUCCAUGUAUGAUUGGUUGCUCCCACUAACUAGCAAUAGACUUGAAGUACUUUCUAUCUAUAGCAACAAAUUAGAUUGGAUUUCCAAAUACCUUGGAAAUCUAUGUAGUUUGACGUCUUUAUUUAUUAGUAGAAACUCACUGUCUGUCAAAUUUCCUGAUUUCUUGAAAAACUUGACGGGAUGCACUUCUGUUACGUUAGAAGAGUUGGUAGCUUCACAUAACCAAUUCACAGGGCCAUUGUCUGAUGAUAUCCAAAAUUUUCCAUCCCUUCAAUAUUUGAGUUUUUCCAACAAUAAGUUAAAUGGAACUAUAAGCGAGAAAGUAUGGGAACUACCCAAUCUUCGUUUUCUUUUCCUUUUUUCCAAUUCUCUGAAAGGUGGAAUCUUUGAAAACAUUGGAAAAUCAAAUAUUAUGAGUGUAGAUCUUUCAAACAACUCACUCGGAGGAGUAAUUUCCAAAGCCCACAUGUCAAACAUGUCCAGUGUUGAGAUGAUUGACUUGAGUUCCAACAACUUUUAUGGUCCUAUACCAAAUGUUCCAUCCACCGUGAGAUGGUUAGACCUUUCCAAAAAUCAAUUUUAUGGAAGAAUCUCCUUUUUGUGCCAAAUUGUCGAUAGUCCUUUACUUUUUCUUGAUCUAUCAAGCAAUUCAUUGACUGGACAAAUCCCAAAUUGCUUGUGGCAUUUCAGAAAACUAAGAGUUCUUAAUCUUGGAUACAACAAACUAUUCAAGCUUCCUACUUCCAUUGGAUCUUUAAUCAAUCUUGAGGCGUUGUAUAUAAACAAUAACAAGUUCUCUGGAGAAUUGCCUUUGUCAUUGCAGAAUUGCACUAAUUUACUUUUCUUGCAUUUGGGGGCCAAUAGGUUUUAUGGUAAUCUGCCUUUUUGGAUUGGGGAAAAGUUAUCAUCGUUAUAUGCUCUUAGCCUAACAUCAAACAACUUCUCUGGAGCCGUCCCUUUACAAUUAUGUCAAUUAGUAAAGCUACAAAUUCUGGACUUGUCCAUUAAUAACCUCUAUGGAAGUAUCCCUGCUUGUCUUAGUAAUAUCACUGCCAUGGUUCAAGAAGAAUUUUCAGCUCACCAAAUUGUAAGUUAUUCUUCUUCCCAAAGGUUUGACUUUAGCGAAGAGAUUGUUGAUCGUAUGAUGCUCCAUUGGCAAGGAAAUGUAAGGGAAUUUAGUAGCAAUCUAGGAUUAGUGAAGAUUAUCAAUUUAUCUAGAAACAAUCUAACAGGAAAAAUCCCAGAUGAACUAACUGAUCUCCAUAAACUAAUUGCACUGGAUCUGUCAAUGAACACUCUCAAUGGAGAGAUUCCAUCAAAAAUUGGUCUGAUGAAAGAACUUCAAAUUUUAGAUCUAUCUAGAAACAAUCUUUCAGGAGGAUUGCCGACAGAAAUGUCUCAGAUGACUUUAUUAAAUUAUUUAGAUGUGUCGUAUAAUAACUUGUCAGGGAGAAUUCCAUCUAGCACUCAACUCCAAUCCUUUGAGCCUUCAAGGUACACCAGAAAUGAUGGACUAUGUGGACCUCCACUAAGCAAAUAUUGCCAUGGAGAUGAAGAGUUAGAUGUCCCACCCCUUGUUGAUCAAACUGAGGUAGAAGGUGAAGGCACGGAUGAAUUUGAGAGAUGGUUUUGUAUUGGUGGGGCAACUGGUUUUGCUAUCGGAUUUUGGACGGUGUGUAGUGUAUUACUUCUCAACCACCGCUUGAGGCAUGCUUUCUUUAACUACAUAAAUAGGUUGGAAAUUUGGGUUUAUGUAAAGGGAUCACACAUCUAUCGUUGUAUUUUAGAUAAUCCACUUCUGUCCUCAUGGAAAUCAUAGUACUAACGUGGACAUUAAAAAUGUCGUUUCUCUGCUUUGUUAUGAUAAUAAAUUCAAACUUCCAAUGUUUGUGCUUACCUAUCAUAAUUUCGUAGUUAUUAAUUUAUCACCACUUUAAAAGUUUACAUAUAGGUAUUGGUUUAUAGGGGAGAGUUUAAAUGAGAACGCUAAAUAUGACGAGAACCGUGAGAACGAAUGAAAAAAACACGAGAACUUGGUCAAAAACAAUUCAGAUUCAAAAUUUCUUUGUACACUUAUCAUUAUUAUUCGAAUACAAUGUUAGAAAUUAAAUUUACACGUUUACAUUUUUGUGAAUUCGA